GUGGGUGUUCGUGUGGGAAAAGGGUUACCAGGAAGUGGACUCUGUGGUCAGCUCAGUUACUACCAAGGCCAAGGGUGUGGCUGUGACCAACUCUUCUAAACUUGGAUUCCGGAUCUGGGAUGUGGCUGAUUACGUGAUUCCGCCUCAGGAGGAAAACUCGCUCUUCAUCAUGACCAACCUGAUUGUCACCCUGAACCAGACUCAGAGCACCUGCCCCGAGAUCCCAGAUAAGACCACUGUGUGUAACACGGAUGCCAGCUGCAAGGCCGGCUUCACAGGCACCCACAGCAACGGAGAACUGACAGGCAGGUGUGUACCGUUCAACGGGUCCGUGAAGACAUGCGAGGUGAGAGCCUGGUGCCCGGUGGAGGACGACAGUCACGUGCCAGAGCCUGCUUUUUUAAAGGCGGCAGAAAACUUCACUCUCUUGGUAAAGAACAACAUCUGGUAUCCCAAAUUUAAUUUCAGCAAGAGGAAUAUCCUCCCCAACAUCACCACUGCCUACCUCAAGUCAUGCAUUUAUGAUGCUGAGACAGACCCUUUCUGCCCCAUAUUCCGUCUUGGUAAAAUAGUGGAGUACGCGGGACACAGCUUCCAGGACAUGGCCGUCGAGGGUGGUGUCAUGGGCAUCCAGAUCCACUGGGACUGCAACCUGGACAGGGCCGCCGCCCUCUGCCUGCCCCGGUACUCCUUCCGCCGCCUGGACACGCGGGACACGGACCACAACGUAUCUCCCGGCUACAAUUUCAGGUUUGCCAAGUACUACAGGGACCUCGGCGGCAGGGAGCAGCGCACGCUCAUCAAAGCGUACGGCAUCCGUUUCGACAUCAUUGUGUUUGGAAAGGCAGGGAAGUUUGACAUCAUUCCUACCAUGAUCAACAUUGGCUCUGGCUUGGCACUGCUAGGGGUGGCGACAGUGCUGUGCGACAUCGUAGUCCUCUACUGCAUGAAGAAAAGGUUCUACUACCGGGAGAAGAAAUACAAGUACGUGGAAGAUUACGAGCAGGGUCUUGGUGGCGAGUCGGACCAGUGAUGCCCACCCUACACCUGGGCUCCCCACGCCCCCAUCAAAGUACAGUGAGGAGGAGAGAGAGACAGCUCCAGAUCCGAUUCCGUCUCCACUCCGCAGCGCCCAGGGCUGUCCAGCCACUCUGUGCUGUGUAGGGCUCGUCUGCCUACCUGGCGCAGUAGCUACCAGUCUGUUCUCAGCCGCGUCUCCUCUGCUGUUUCUGCAAUGUGGGGUCCUGGGGUGGGGCUGGCUUGAGGGCAGUGUUGCUGCUGCAGCUUCCAGGGUUGGGGCCUUCUCGAAGGCCGCUGGAGCUGGCUGUCCUCCAGCUUGUCUCCGGCCCUCCUCGGCACAGGGCCAGUCCUCCGAGGCUUGGCUGCUCUCUUCAAGCACUUUAUCAGGAAGGGCUUCCUAGGCUGGGAUCACUAGAUGGAGCCCGGACCACUCUUCCCUUCCCUACGCCCCACCAACUGCAGGAACUUCGUCCUUACAGUCAUAAGCUGGAAUUGGCAUUUCUUUUUUUGAGAAGAGCUGUGUUGUGAGGAAUGAGGACCAAACAUUAAAACAAAUGAUUUUCUUAA